CUGGGUAAGUUGACACAAUGAACCAUUGUCGGUUCGUUCUCGUUCCUAAGUCAUCGGUGCGGCUUCAAGUUGAUGGAACAUGUGGAUGUGAACUUUCAGAAGACAUUGCAGAAUUAGUUGCGGAGGAUGUCAGCUAUCGUCUGCGAGAGGUCACUCAGACCGCAUCUGAAUAUAUGAGGCAAGCUAAACGUGCGAAGCUGACUACUGAAGACAUGAACAGCGCUAUGUUAUUGGGAAAUGUUGAGCCAAUCUAUGGAUUUCGAUCAAUUGAUCAGAUGCUAUUUAGAAGUGUCGGUGCAAAGGGUGAGGAAGUUUUCUUUUCGGAGGACAAGGACAUUACUUUGAAGGAAACAUUGGCUGAUCACCCAGUUUCAGCUUUCAAAGCAAGCCACGUGGGAAUUCGAAGCCAGUGGGUUGCUAUUGAAGGAGUUUCAGCAGCAGCCAGGAAGGACUUUCUUGACAUGUCUGGCAAUUACUUUGCUGUGAAGAGAAACUUGACAGAGAAAACGAAGAAUUACUACAUGGAGUUAUGCUCUGCCAUUUUGGGCCGCGACAGUGAAGAAAUUCAGGUUGCAAUAAGUGAGCUUAGUGUCAGCCCAUAUGUGUCUCACAUUCUACCUCAUUUGGUCAAUUUUGUCACUACUUCAAGCUCUAAUUUGAUUGUGUCAUGUCCAGACACGCCAGUCAACACAGAUACUUUGGUGGACAUGGUUAGAGUCAUUGCUGCUCUUACUGAAAACAAUGCUGUUUCAAUUCAUCCUUAUGUGUUAGAUCUUAUUGCUGUGUGUAAGCGAUGUGCAACUGAUGCUGCUAUAGUCAGUUCUUCAAGCUGUAUUCAUGACCAUUGGAUUCUGCGAGAACGUGCUGCUUCUGCAACAGCUAGACUUAUUGGACGAAAUGGUCUUCUGGAGUCUGAUGUGUGUGAGCAGUUGUUGAUGAGUUACCAAGAGUUACUUGCAGCUAGUACUUCACAGCUUGCCUGCUUAUAUGGUGCCAUCAGUGGGAUAGCAGCAUUUGGACUUCCUGCUGUUGGUAAAUAUCUGAUCCCUUGUACUGGAACUCUUGUUUCAUGUACUGAAGCUCAUUUGGGUGGGAUAGCUGAGCUGGAUGCUAUUAUGGUUCAAGGCGCACUCAAGGUUGCGGUUGGACAGGUACUAAAGUCAGGCUUGUGGUCAGUAGACCAACCUGCAGUUGCGACAGUUCUAAGCAAAUCAACUUGCAGAGUAUUAUUGGAUGCAGAUGAUGAAAUAUGUGGUUCUCAAUUGAAUUCUGAAGCUGUGCUAAACCUACUUGGAGACAGCCUAACUCUACAUGAAGUGCCUUCAUAUGAAACUUGCGUAAUGACGACACCUAUGAGCAAUUUAUGCUCUGAUGAAUGUCAUGAAAUUGAAGAGACUGCAGAUGGGACAAUGUGGGAAUCAGCUGACUUUUGUGAAAAGCCAACAUUACUAUUGCAGGAAGACCAAGGAAAACAGAUGGAUGACAUUUCAGUUGAAAGUCACACUGUGUUAUGUCAUGAUCAGGAAAGGGAUCCAGUUCAGUUCAAGAUGAAACCAAGUAUGUUGUAUUUGACCCAAUCUGUUGGGUGGAAGCAAGCAAAACAUGUUCAUAGAAUAUGAAUCAGAAAGCUGCGUUGAUUCAUUUUGUGUUGUUUUGUUUUGUUUCUUUGCACCAGACAAUCAAACUCCUAGUAUCCUACCUGAGCAAUUGACUUUAUAACCUUAGGGUUAUUAAUUAAUGGCAUAUUAGAGGAGUGGACAAUGGUUACAUGUUGUUUUACUUGCUAAUUUAACGAAUUUACUGAUUAAGCUCACUUGUGCAGAGUUUGCCCACUAAUAUGCGGGUUUUUAGUUAUACACUGUAUUCAUCAAAUCUGUAGCUACCGAUACCUAUAUCUAAAUCUAGAUCAGAUUGUAUA